UUACUCUCUUUCUCAUAUCGAUAGUUCAUGACUAAUGACUUCAUGGGAGCCACUUCCACUUCCGCCUUUUGGAGUUCACAUAAUAGUUCUUUCAUUCAAUCGCACUAUAAAUGAUCCAUUUGUGGUCAAAAACAUGGGUUUGGGGCAUCUUCAUCAAUCACCAUUGUCCAUUGAAUUUGUUCGUGAACAUUAGAGAUGCUCUGCUGCUUUUUAUAUCCAUAAUCCAUUAGAUGUUGAUGUAUAUAUUCUAUGUAAAACUUCAAUUUCAGGCUUGCGUGAAAAGUAUGCUUCUGGUUUAAAUAUAUGGGAUGGAAAGACCCAUUUGAUAUGCUUUGUCAACAUUUGAAUCCACUUAUAUGCAUAUUCAUUUGGACAGACAGGGAUCUUUUUGCUUUAUCGUCGGUCAAGCAUCGUAAACCGCAAUGGAAUAAUAACAGGGGGACGGAUGGAGUACUAUUUAUUUUAGAAACUUCCAUUGUAUGAAAAUAUCGGUAUGUUAUUUGUUUAAGCCACUGCGUCUGACUGGUCUGAGGUUCUGAGGCCUGCAAUAGCAGAUACUAUAAAUCAGAAAAGAAAGAUUUUUUCCCGACAGAAGUAGGAAUCGGUAUCAGAAAUCAGAAAGAUUGUGCUGGCUUGAAGCUGUUAACUCUUUUUUUCAUCAAAAUUGCUCUUUGUACACUCAAUGUACACACUAUUUAAACCCAAAAAAAUUUACCCCCCUCUUUUCCCCUCACUCCCCCACCCGGCCCACGCUUCUCACUCGCUCCCCCGCUCCUCGAAAAUCAAAAGUCUCCCACCCGGCCCACGCGUCUCUCUUCUUCCUUACAACGGCGAAAAUCAACGAGCUGCCUCCUCGCUGCAGACUUCCUCCUUCUCGAAAAUCAACGAGCAACUUCCUCCUUCUCGAAAACCAAACCUGCGGCGACAUCCCCUUCCUUCUCUCCCACAUCCCCACGAAACCGGCACCCCCACUUACACUGCGGACUGAGGUUGGACCACGACGCACAACAAUGGUGCGAACCCCACUGGCAGAGAUGGCCGAGAGAGCCCUGAAGUUACGCAUUCCCAGUCAUGACUACUUCCCUGCCCAGUAUUCGGUGUGUUCAAACUUUAGAAAUGCUGCCAAAUGGGUACAAAGCAGCUUAUCUGCAACAGAAAUAGAAAUUUUUCACGCUUUACCAUGGGGCCAUCUUAUUGACAUCCCACCCACACAAUUCUCUGGCCAAGUCUUUCACAUGCUGGCCUUACACCUUGUGCAGGAGCAACCUGAUGAGGAGCUGUGGUUUGCCAUUGGGGGUACACUGUAUAAGUUUACUUAUGUGGAUGUUUGCCGCAUAAGUGGAUUACCAGCGGGUGCUGAACCAGUAGCUGCUGCAGGUGAUGUUUCAGGACAAGAAUCUGGCGAUGAAGCUGAACCAGUAGGGGCCAUUGCUAAGAAGUAUUUAGGUGGCUCAGUCGACAUUACACACGUCAAUUUGAAGAACAAAUUUGAGAAACUGAAACUUUCCAAACGUCGUAAUCAGAUGGAUGCUGUAAAGUUGGCCUCCUUGUUCUAUAUUGAGUGUGUGUUGCUUGCUAAGGACAACACUACGAGGAUAAAUGCAUCCUCUAUCAGACUGGUGAAUGAUUUAGAGGAAUUCAAGAAGUGUCCGUGGUCACUUCGUUCGUACAAGUUAUUGGUGAGUCAUAUGAAGGGUCUGAUGGAUGGUCAACCUCAGAAGUUCAAGGACCGGAAGGAGAACAAUCCAUUGUCUCCAUUCAACCUGCUAUAUUUCACCCAACUGAUAAUCAAAUUGCAUCUCUAAAAGCUUGGAUACAAGAAGUUGACACUGUUGAACCUAAAACGUUUGUUCUUAAUCUGCCAUCAUUUGAUGAAGUGGACAGGGACUUUUUCCGUGAGCUCGUGGAACCAGAUGAGUCUUUAUGGUCAUAUUUAGCAUAUGGAUGCUCUUUCCUACCUGCUUCUGAAAGAUUGUGCGUCGGACAAGCCGUAUAAGCUAAUAAGCCCUUACUUUGCGCAUCAAGUCAUGACUAAGGAUUAUAAAGAUGAGAAUGCAUGGACUGCUGAUAGGUGUCUACCUAGUGUUGACUGGAGAGGUUUACAAAAAGUUUUUGUACCUUUGAAUGUUGAUGGGAUGCAUUGGGUUUUAGCGGAAGUUGACCUACAUGCAAAAUUGGUACGUGUAUAUGACUCCAUGAGAACAAGUAGGUCAAUGUUGCAUGCGGCGCAUUUGUGUGUGAGACUUCCGCUACUCUUCCGAUUCAUACAAGCCCACCCAGAUCUUUGUAAGGUAGAGCAUUGGAAUGCUCAGCUAGCUGCAGAUGUUCCACAACAAGAGGGAGGAACUGUUUGCGGACUGAUGGUUGUUUGUUAUGCUGAGGCUUUGUUGUUGGGACUUCCCUUGACGCCACAUUGCGAGUAUGCGAACGUGGCUACAAAGAGAUGGCACUUUGCGCUACGCCUUUGGAGUUUGAGGAAGCCAAUUUCUUAGAAAACAUGCAAUGUACAUUUUUUUGCUAAUCAGCUAAUGUAUCAAACAUUAUGUAGCUGUGAAUAUCUUUUUUUUGUCAACGGUUUAGGUUUUGGUAACCGUUUUUUGAAUGGAAUGUAUGAUAAUGUACAUUGUUGUGCUAUGAUCAACCUUGUACAAUGUCCUACAAGGUACUUCCACAGGAGGGUACAUAUGAAGGUUGUAGAAAACAUUACUCUGCUGAUUUUUGUGUAACGAAGUAACAAUUUGGUAUGGAAUGCAUCAUAUUGUUUUUUUUUGUAAA